AUGCCGCCUCACUCGCUGGCACCUCAUUCUCUCACGUUCCGCACUCCCCCUACUUCGCACGCCCUACUUCGCGUCUACUCCCCGCCGUCGACUCUCUCCUCCCAUCCGCCAUCGCCUCAACGUCCUCUUUCCCCACGCCGUCGCUUCUCCUCUUUCCCCACGCCGUCGCCUCUCCUCUUUCUCCACGCCGUCGCUUUUCCUCUUUCCCCACACCGUUGUCUCUCCUCUUUCCCCCACGCCGUCGCUUCUCCUCUUUCCCCACGCCGUCGCCUCUCCUCUUUCCCCCACGCCGUCGCUUCUCCUCUUUCCCCACGCCGUCGCCUCUCCUCUUUCCCCACGCCGUCGCCCCUCCUCUUUCCCCACGCCGUCGCCUCUCCUCUUUCCCCCACGCCGUCGCCUCUCCUCUUUCCCCCACGCCGUCGCUUCUCCUCUUUCCCCACGCCGUCGCCUCUCCUCUUUCCCCACGCCGUCGCCUCUCCUCUUUCCCCCACGCCGUCGCCUCUCCUCUUUCCCCCACGCCGUCGCCUCUCCUCUUUCCCCACGUCGUCGCCUCUUCUUCCUCUCUUGCCGUCGCCUCUCCCCACUCGAGCAAAUGCCUUCGUUCCCCCGCCGACACGGCAUAUCCCCAUCGAGCAAGCCUCGUCUCCAUCCAUCAUCUUCUUCACCUCGCUCUCCGAGGCUAUAUCAACCUCCAGGUUCCUUUACAGCAGCACUCUUCUUCUCACCAUCGUCCACCCCUCCCAUCACUGUAUCCCUCCUUGCGGUGCCAUGGAGGGAGGCGCAGCAGCAGCAGCAGCAGCGCCGGCGAGCAGCACGACCUUUUCCCUGCCACGCUUCUACGACUACCCUCCCUACUUCACGCUGCAGCCGAUCAAGGCGACGCGAGAGCGGCAGGUGCGGCUGUGGGCGGAGCUGAUCGUGGCGUGGUGCCGCCACCACCGCACGCUGCUCGUGUCCCUCGACCACUUCCCCCUCUUCCACCACCCCGCCAUCCAGCGCAAACUGACGUUCGAAGCACGGCAGGUCUUUCUCGAGGCUCUCGUGGCAGAAGGGCGGGCAGAGUGGACGGAUCGCAGUCGAACGCGGUGCCUCAUCCUGUGGAAGUCCAUCAACGACUGGGCCGACACGCUGCUGCAAUUCGUGCGCGAGAACGGAUUUGGGGAUUCUGUUUUGACACUCGAGGAAAUACGAGCAGGGGAUGACACGAAAGGGACAGAUCUGGAGGGCAUUGAUGAGGAUGUGUUGAGGAGAGCCAUCAGAGUGCUUGAGGGGAGGGGCCUCGCCACGCUCUUCAAGGGCUCCUCCUCCGACGAUGAGGGGGUCAAGUUCUUUGCCUAG